UUUGGCUCGAUGCAGUAUCUUGGCAGUAUCUCCCCCAUGCCUUUUCCCAAUGAAAAUGCGUCUUCGCGAUGCAGGUCUGUCGAUGCUCACUAUUGGGCUCCUUUCCCCGGUGGCGAUAGUCGUCUUCAACUAUGGGGUUCCCAUUGAGAUCAUCGUAUUUGGACUUCUCCUAGCUGGCUACCGGGGGCCAGAAUACCUACGGGGAAAGAGGAGUACUCCGCAGGACGACCACCGCGAUGUGGCAGACCCGCAGGCUGGCCGCCCCGCCCGGCGCGACGAGAACUCCAGCUCCAAGGCCGCCAAGGAGACCGGCGGCCUGACGUCGUGGAGGUCGAAACUUUCAUGGAGAUCAAAGGCAAGCGACGGAACCAAGCGUGGCGGACGGGACUCAGACGAGGGCUCGUGGAGGAGAAGAGACGGCGACGCUAAAUCUCGGAAGCAGGGCGACGACCCGAAAAAGGAACGCUCGAGCGGCGCGUUGGCCGCUCUGAAGCAGAAAGCCGGCCCCCAGCAGCAGUGGAGAUCGCUGAUCAACAAGUUUACGCCCGAGAAGUUUGAAAAGCUGUGCGAACAGCUGCUGGAGACGCUUCCUAAGGACACAGAGGAAAGGACAGUCACGGACCAAGAGUUCAGGCAGGUUCUCGAGGAUCUGCUGGCGCUGGUUUUUGAAGCGUCCAGCAGGCAGCACCAGUACACAGAGAUGUACACCGACUUGUGCCAGAAGCUUCUAGAUUUCGUGGGCAAGCAGCGGCCAGGGCUGGAUGUGAAGUCUUGUGUGUGGGAGAAGUGCCAGGUCAUUUUCCAGACAGUAGUUCUUAAAGCUCCAGAUUUUCCAGAAAAUCUGCCGGAGGACGAAUUGAUGGACAGAAAGGCGAAGCAUAAGGAGAAGAUGGUUGGCAUGGUCAAAUUUGGAGGCGACCUGGUGAGCCGCGGGCUGGUGCCCUGCGAAGGUGUGAUGCAGUGGAUACACACACUGCUGAGCGAGAAGACUCAGGAAGUUUACGUUGAAGAUGGCGCCGCGGCAGCCCGAGAAAAGGACAUGGAGCAGCGAGAGGUGCAGCUGGAGGUCCUCUGCGCGAUCCUUGCCAGCAUGGGGUCGUCCCUGUCCGACAGCAAGACUUGGAGUGACGACGACAGGCGCUGGAUUCACCUCGGCCUGCCUGGCUGGCCGGCUAUCUUGGGCUGUCGCUCUCAUGCCAUGUUUUUCAUAUUGUAGUGGCCUCCGGCCAGUGCCGC